CUUAUGUCUAUGAUGAAGGAGUAGGAGCUUUUGGAUGGUUAAUAAUUUGGCUAAAUUUGUACAACGAACAUUCGAUUGUUCUUUUUGUUGCGAUCUUUAAAAUGGCUAGUUUUUGCAACGAGUUUGUGUGUUUUCAUAUAAUUAAUUUGCUCAAUAGAUGGUGAUUGAAAGUCGCUUGUAUAUAGAGUAGAAAGUGCGUGUUAUGGCUCCUGGGAACAACGAGCGACACCCGGGUCACACGGGCACUAUUCCGAAGACAAAAGUGAGAAACAAUUGCAAUGUGCCUCAAGAAGCUGUGACCCCGACUAGAAGAGACAUGGCCACUAAUUUGGUAUCGACUUCUCUUGACUGGGUACCGGUAUCAGAGUACAAUACAAGAGCGAACUAUAACCAAUCAAGAAAACAGACAAAUAACUCGUCAGAUCAUGAGUUGACAGAUUUAGACAACUCAGUAUCAUUCGAGAGUGGAUUCGGGAGGUUCGUGCCGGUUCGGCCGCAGCCGCGGGUAUUGCCUCUCAACGUUCAGAAUCAAAAUAUAGCAUCUGAUACAAAUGACGAAGGUGCUGGGUCCUCCGCAUCAGGACAUUCUUUGCACCCUUAUGCUCAUCAAAUGCAAAAUGGUCUAAUCCCACAUUCGAACCACGCUGCUGCGGCUGUUAUGAUAGUAAAUCCUACUACACCAAAUGCUGUGACUGGGAGUAUGUCGCAACCAUUUAAUGCGCCAAAUCAGAAUAGAAGCAAUUUAACAAGGAAUGUAAACCCGGCCCGUAACAAUUUCGAAGGCAACUCUUUGUUAAGUAACAACAACACAACUCCACCCGUAUCUAACGCUAGAACUGCUACUAAAACUGUCAAUAUUAUGAAUAACAUGUAUGACCAGGGGCAAGGGGGCUUCAACAAUAUUAAUGAGAAUAAUCAUAUUGCACAUAGAGAAUCAGCGCGUACGCUGGGUGAAGCUAUAGUGGCUGCAUGCCCCGACGCAGCGGCUGUUGAAAGACGCUUAGGUCAAAUUCGAGAAUACAUUCGUGUGACGUCGUCUCUUGUUGACACCAUGCGUAAUUCCGAGGAUGAGGCUUUUAUUGAGCACACAAAGGAGGAAUACGAUGAGCUGGUACAGAUGGUUGAGAAGUUGAAGGAAAGUGAGAAAAAGUUAGAAAGUAUGCUGACUGAAAAAGAACCUGAUAACAUUGAGGUGCCUGCUGAGGAAGCACAUGAAAGUAGUACACAAGGUGAGCUACACCUAAUUAAAAUUGAAAAUGACAAUACACCUGAGAAAAUUUUGAAUCAAGAUAAAUCUAACAAUAAAAACAGUGAUGUCAACACUACGCUCAAGAAAGUAUCUAAUAUUGAAAAUGAACAACUGAAUAAAACUUUACAUAACACUAAAAGUGAAGAAAACCAACAAGAAAGUAAAAUUAAUGAACCUUCGAUAUCCGAUAACAUACUUCGUUCUUCGGAACACUUGGAGAAAAUCGACGAAAAAAACGAAGAUGUAGAAGGUGAUCUCAUAGAAAUAAAAGAAUUACAAUCCACUUGCACAGAAGACCCCAAAAAAGACGAUGAACAUUUGAAUGAAAUGCUGAGAAAGAAUAUUUUGUCUUGCGUUGAAAAGGUGGCUUGUAUCGAAGAAAUGAAAACAAAAACCAGAGACAGCAGUAGCGCCGAAGAUCAGGUUUCUCAGGAUGUUAUAGUUCGGCCAGUGUCGGUGCAGAGCAAUGGUUCAGCGUAUAGUGAAAAUGAGCUUUGGCAGAAUGAGAUAAAAAAUAAAAUGGAAAUGUCUUCAAUGCGUUUGGCUGCAUUGAAGCAGCAACAGAAAAGACUGCUGAAGUAUCAGGAGGAAGCUAAGCAGCAACUAGACGAAAUGAACAGAGAGAGGCAAUCGCAGGAGUUGCAUCCUGCAACAUCACAUGACAAUUUUGCAAACAUGCAGACUCAAACAUUUGGCGGUAACUUUCACCAUCCGAACCGCAUGUAUGCAGCUAAUCAAAUAGGCGUCGCUACGACUCUACCACACUCUUCGGAGGCUAUGCAUGUACAACAGAACUUGAGUAAUAUUGAAAACGACCAUGGGCAUGCGGUUCACGCUGUCCAUAAUCAGGAUGAAAGAUUUUCACACCGAGAAGCAAAUAUUGCUAGUAGUGAGGAAGCGGCAGGCGGUGGCCGUGAUAGUGAUGGUGAAGAAGACGAAGGUUUGUUGGGCGAAAGAGCUCGGCUGCUGCAGAUGAAACUGCGCGAGUUGCAACUCAAGAAACAACACAUGGAGAGCUUGGUAACAGAGUUUCAAAAACUUCAAAUGGCAACCCGUGCUGGCAGCUCACGCAAUACGUACUCGAGUUCGGGCGAAGACAGUGGCGCCGAGGAGUCGACGCGUAAAUGUAACAACGCCGGAGGCGGGAAUAUUAAGAACGAAGAUCCCUUUAAGUUAAUGGAAAUUAAAGCUAUUAAGACGGCACUUCAGAAAACUAAAGAUUUAAUGCGUUCAGUGGAGAACUACGAAGCAGAUCACCUCAGCGCCCAUGACGAAACAUUUCAAGUGCCAAGCCAUUCGAACAUAAACGACAAUAAAUCGGAGGGCGGCGGUAGUAUGGGCGGCUGGUCUAACGAAGGCAGCGUGUGCCGUGUGCGCAAUACUCUGCCUCAGCGACACAAGUUCACCAACGAACAACACUCGCUGCAGCAGCAACAGCAGCAGCAACAACAGAGUCACGAAGCUAACAUAGCAACUUUACAAGAGUUGGCUCAGGAGCUGCGCCUGGAAACCGAAAAGAUUAUGGGAGAACGUGCGCGCAUUAAAGAUGUGGUGUCCAAUAAAGAACUAGCACGCAAACAGAAAAAAGUAAACGAAGAAGUACGUCCAGGGCCAAGUGGCGUAAGUGCUCCCGGGCCCGCUGAGCGUCGGCAAAUGCAAUUGCGGGCCUUGCUGGCGGAGAAACAGCGUGAACUUGAAGCGCUUCUUAAUAAGGAGAACGUGUUAUGUUCCGGACCCGAACCCCAAAAACAGAAGCCAGAUUCCCGCACGGGAUCGAUUGUCAAUCAAUCGUAUACAAGUGAACAAGAAGAACCCGACUCACGCUCGGAACAAAUUCUACUGGAUUCACAGAAUUCACAAGAGAAUGAAAACUUUAGGGCAGGGGGAGAUAGUGCUUUGGGAAACCGAUCUCUCAAUACUGUGCCGUCACAUCUUGGUAGUACUUAUGGAAGCGAUAGUGACAGUGCUUCUCGAAAACAGUCCAAUCAGAGAAACAGGGCACGACGGAGGCAACCACAGGAUAGGCAAGUCGAUGACAACAACGCACCACAGGUUAACAACACCAGUCAAAAUCUACGUCACGAGGCACGACCGGAAGCCUCAAAUGUCAAUAUGGUACCGCCCAGUUCUUCAGGUGACAAUCCAGCUAAUAUGCCUUAUCCUCAUUUGCAACAACCUUGCUGGAAUAGCAACAAGGCGAAUCAGGAUAUGCGCAACCAGUUCACUCAGAAUAGCCAUUCACAAACAAUGGACCGAUUGCUUGGAACUCCACAAAUGUCGUUUCCACCCUCUGUGCCUUUCAAUAUGAUGAUGCCUUAUGGUAUGGUUGGAGGAUGCGGUUGCGGUUGCAGCUUCUGGGGUGCCUGGUGCUGGCAACAAAUUGUCAUGCAGCAGAGGGAAAUACACCAGCUCAGAGAACAACUUAAUCAUUUGGAGGAGCGCUGGCGUGCGGAAAAUGCGUCCCAUACGCUGAAUAAUCAAGUGCCUCCAGGCAAUAGGGCUAACAACUAUUGGGAUAACUUUCGAAGUUAUUCACGCCAAAAUCUUCUUUCAACUAACAACAAGACAAAUGCUGAUGGCCACUUGGCCGUUGGCCCAGCUCACAAUCCACACCCUCUCGUGGAAAGAUCUCAUAACACUUUACAUCAUACGUCCACGUCUACAUCUCCAUCCAUCACUCCCAAGAGAAAUACGAACGCCUCGAGUUCGACACAGAAUGCGACUGCUCAGCAAUCCCAAACGCACAAUGAAGAGAUACCCAAUCGUCAAGGUCGAAGAAACAUAUCUUAUGAGAGAUCGCUAUCAUUCUCAUCUGCCCCCGAUGUCCUGAAUGUCAAUCAAAACAGUGAAGAUGCACCCACUUCUCUCUCACGGAAUAUCGACGACAGCAACAACACAACAAACAAUGUGAACAUCAACCGACAGGAAGGGGCAACUAAUGCCUUCAGGAAUCUCAAUAUUACAAACCCUAUUCCAGAAAUAAUUCAAUCACAUUCUAACAAUCUAAAUACGACAGCUAAUAGUAAGAAGAAAUCUUCAUCGAAACUUCCCGCAAAAAAUUCUACAAAUAGAAGAAAUUAUACCGGUCUUGACUAUUCACAGACUAGCAACAUCAAUAUUGCGAGCACUUCUGAGGCACCUAAUCCAAAUCUUGCGUCAACUAGCCGAAAAGUGCAUGACAAAGCUACUUCAAAACUAUUCGAUCUUCUGAGAGAAAACGUGUACUCAGAAGUGACUGCACUCAUUGACGUGAAUGAAUCACAUCCCGAUUUCUUGAUACAACUUUUUAGGGAAUUGCAACUUAUAAGUUCUGACCCUUUGCGGCAAAGAGUAUUGCAAUCUAUUAGAACUGUAUUAACGCAGUAUGCUUCCUUUAUUGAUGGUCAACGCAACGAAAAUCUCCAUGAAGAGAAUAGACCGGAAGGUGUAUCAACUACUUCUAAUGACGCUAACAAUUAUCAAGAUUUUAAUUCUCUUUCUAGCACAAUGCAAAUUGAUAACAAAAUUGUGCGAUUUUUGCUGCUAAAAAGUGAAGAAAUGUUCACUCCAGAGCUCAUGGACAGCUUAGCGUCGCUUAUACUUAACGCUACAAGUGACCUCAGGCAAUCGCAGCAAUCAAAGAAGAAAGUACUAGAGUUACUAUCAAAAUAUGAAGGAAUGAGAGUGUGUGACGUAUCCAGUGAUAUUAUUGAGAACUUGCCAGUCUUUAUUUCUGGAAAUAAUGAAGGCCAAGAAUCGUCUCAGCUUACAAGUGAAUUAUCAGAAUCGUCCAUUUUUCAAGAUGUUGCUGGGUCAUUGAAUUUAUUCAGCUCGAGUGAUACGCAGUUACAUCAGAUGAACGCAUGCCCUUACGAUAUGUGGUCGGGGCACAUGCAUAUGGACAUUGAAGGUAAUGAUGAUACCAGUCCACUUUCCAGUCAAGAGGGUAAAAUGGAUCUCAUAAAUUGUUCUGAAAUGCAUAAUGGCGACUUGGCCGAGGCUGACCAAACCCAUGACGACGAGGGAGACAAUGCAGAGAACCAUGAAGAAAUGGGAGCUAAUGCGGAAGCUCUGCCGGAUGUGGUAGACACCGAUGAAGUUACUCCAACUGAGGCUGAGGUGGAGUGGCUCGGGCUUGAUCGUGUGCCUACUAGGCUGCACAUGGAAGAGUCAUCUGAAAAACAGAAAGAUUGACUUGAGGAGCUUGAUAACAAUGCAUGAUGGGUCUUUCCUCACGUAGUUUUUAAUUUGAUUUUAAACUCUAUUCAUUAUUUUGUCAUUAUUAUCAUUUACUGUAUGUAAUAUUUAUUUGAACUAUGUUA